CAUCGAGCAGUUCGGUAAUAAUUAGUGAAAAUGAAAUUUAGGUAGGGGCAGGCAGCAGCUGCCUGAUGCAACUUAGCUUUUAUAUGGUAACGAACAAAACUAACAACCCCAUCUACCAAAUCAAAAAUCCACAACCCAAAAACUUUCACUUUUAUUUCCCUUAAAGCCAACUUUAAUUAAGGAAAAUUGUAUUUCUUUGUUACUACCAAACCAAACUCCUCUUUGUUACGUUCAAGGUUUUUUUUUUGUACUUGUUGUAAGAAAGCUUGAGAUUUGAAGGAGAGAGAGUAAUAGAAAGAUGUCACUGUUUCGCAAAUUGUUUUAUAGGAAACCCCCAGAUGGCCUUCUUGAGAUCUCCGAGCGUGUUUAUGUGUUUGAUUGCUGCUUUAAUACUGAUGUCUGGCGAGAAGAAGAUUAUAAAGGUUACAUAGGCGUAAUUGUCAGUCAACUUAAAGAACAUUUCCCUGAUGCUUCAUUCUUGGUGUUUAAUUUCCGCGAGGGAGAGAAACAAAGCCAGAUUGCAGAUGCUUUGUCCAAGAAUGAUAUGACCUUAAUGGAGUACCCUUGGCAAUACGAGGGUUCCCCAUUGCUCACGAUGGAGAUGAUCCACCAUUUUCUAAGAUCAGGUGAAAGUUGGCUCUCCCUUGGACAGCAGAAUAUGCUGUUAAUGCACUGUGAACGUGGUGGUUGGCCGGUUCUCGCUUUCAUGCUGGCUGGACUGUUAAUUUACAGGAAACAGUACAGUGGAGAGCAGAAGACCUUGGACAUGAUUCACAGGCAGGCGCCUCGUGAGCUAUUGCAGCUGCUCUCACCAUUUAAUCAUGUACCUUCUCAACUGAGGUAUCUACAGUAUGUCACCAGGAGGAAUGCGGCCUCAGAAUGGCCUCCAUUGGAUAGAGUUCUGACCUUGGAUUGUGUUAUCCUAAGAUCUCUUCCUAAUUUUGAUGGAGAGGGGGGUUGCUGUCCCCUAUUUCGGGUAUAUGGGCAGGACCCUUUUCUUGUUUCUGAUCAAACUUCCAAACUUCUUUACUCAACUCCAAAGAAAGGAAAUAUUCUCCGGGCUUAUAAGCAGAUAGAAUGUGAACUCGUUAAAAUUGACAUUAAUUGCCAUAUACAAGGUGAUGUUGUGCUUGAGUGUAUCAGCUUAAAUGAUGACAUGGAACUUGAAGAGAUGAUGUUUCGAGCCGUGUUUAACACAGCAUUUAUCAGGUCUAACAUCUUGAUGCUUAACCGUGAUGAAAUUGACAUGUUAUGGGAUGCAAAAGAUCGAUUUCCAAGGAACUUCAGGGCAGAGAUUCUUUUCUCUGAAAUGGAUGCUGCUGCAUCAAUAGUUGCAGAAAAUUUAUCUGGCUUUGAGGAGAAGGAAGGCCUUCCUGUGGAAGCAUUUGCUAAUGUUAAAGAGAUAUUUAGCUCUGUUGAAUGGUCAGACCCCAAGUCAGAUUUUGUGCUUAAUGUGCUCCAACAAAUUAGUGCAUCGAAUAUUGCUCAGGAAAACUCAAGUGCAGAUUUGCAGCACGGAGUAAAGAUCAGCACUCAAAAGCAGGAAACGAGUCCUAGAAAGGAACUUGCUGGCCAAUCUGCAGUCACUAAUGCCACAGUAUCUACAGCUUCCUCAGAACAAGCUUUGACAGUCUCAGCUGGAAUUGAACUCAUGGAACCUAAAGGAGGUUCUAUCUCACCAUCAACACCUGCACAGCCUCUACCAUUGGGACUUGCUGUGACUUCUAGUGUCGUAAAAGUUCAUCCUCAUCCACCACCAACUCUUCAUCUUUCAGCUUCAGAACCAUCAGAUCCUUCAUCAGUCAAAGAGACUGAAACCCAUUUAGAAGGCAGAGGUAAGUCAUUAUCAGUCAGCCACCAACCAAUUGAUCUACCAACAACACCACCACCAACAACACCACCUCUACUUUUUAAGGAGGAUAAUUCCACUGUCAAAACUGAAUGUCCAACCCCUCUUUCUCCUGCAAUGCUACCUUUGAAGGAGAUUUGCACCAUUAGAGCUGUACCUCCUCCAACACCAGCUUUGAAGGAGAAUAGCACUGUUGGAGUUGGAUCUCCUCCACCUUCAACACCUCCUGUGACGGAGAAUAGCAUUGUUAGAGCUGGACCUCCUCCACCUCCUCUAAUGCCACCUUUGAAGGAGAAUAACACUGUUGGAGUUGAACCUUCACCAUCUCUUGUGAAGGAGAAUAGCACUGUUAUAGCUGGACCUCCUCCACCACCUCCAACACCACCUUUGAAAGAGAAUAAAACCACUGGAACUUUUCCACCUCCACAACCUCUGCCGCCUUUGAAGGAGAAUAGCACCAUUGGAGCUAGAGUUUUUCCUCCACCUCCACCUCCACCUCCACCUUUGAAGGAGAAAAUCACUGUUGGAGCUGGACCUCCUCCACCUCCUCCAACACCACCUUUGAAGGAGAAUAAAACCAUUGGAGCUGGAACUCUUCCACCUCCACCACCUCUUCCACCUUUGAAGGAGAAUAGCACCAUUGGAGCUGGAGCUUUUCCUCCACCUCCACCUCUACAUUUGGAGGAGAAACAUGCUAUUGGAGCUGGACCUUGUCCACCUCCACCUCCUCCCCCUCCCCCUCCCCCUCAUUUACGACCACCUACUGGGCCAAUAGUUUCAUCUCGGAUGCCACUAGCCCCACCACUGCCUCCUACUAUGUCAACCAAUUCCUCCUGUGUUCCUUCUGCACCUCCUUCUGUUCCUUAUGGUAAGGGAACUUUAAAUACAAGCACCAAUGGACAUAAUAAAUUGCCUGGGCCUCCAUCUCCUGCACCACCCUUAGGUUCCCCCUCCAUGCCCAAGGGACGUUUAUCUCGUACUAUAAGUUCACGGACCAGUCAGACAAAAAAGUUGAAGCCAUUGCAUUGGUUGAAGUUAACAAGAGCUGUACAAGGAAGCUUAUGGGCUGAGGCACAAAAGUCUGGUGAAGCCUCCAAGGCCCCAGAGAUUGACAUGUCAGAACUCGAGAAUCUUUUUUCUGCAGCAGUUUCAAAUACAGGUCAUGGCGGGAAAUCAAGUGUGCGGGGCUCACGGGGACCUAAAGUUGAAAAAGUGCAACUGGUUGACCAUAGACGAGCAUACAAUUGUGAGAUCAUGCUUUCAAAGGUGAAAGUGCCGCCACAUGAGUUAAUGAGUUUAGUACUUCUCCUCGAGGAUUCAGCAUUAGACGUUGAUCAGGUUGAUAACCUCAUAAAGUUCUGUCCAACAAAAGAGGAGAUGGAACUUCUUAAGGGAUACACUGGAGAAAAGGAAAAGUUAGGAAAAUGUGAACAGUUCUUCUUAGAGUUGAUGAAGGUGCCAAGAGUGGAAUCUAAACUCAGAGUUUUCUCAUUCAAGAUGCAGUUUCAUUCCCAGGUUUCUGACCUAAGAAGAAGCCUGAAUGUUGUGAACUCUGCAGCAGAAGAGAUAAAGAACUCUGCCAAAUUGAAGAGAAUCAUGCAGACUAUUCUUUCCCUAGGAAAUGCUUUGAAUCAGGGAACUGCUAGGGGUUCAGCUAUUGGUUUUAGAUUGGAUAGCCUUCUUAAACUAACUGAUACGCGGGCAAGGAACAACAAGAUGACUCUCAUGCAUUAUCUUUGCAAGGUACUUGCUGACAAGCUACCAGAACUUCUAGAUUUUUCAAAAGAUCUUGGGAGUUUGGAACCUGCAACAAAGAUACAAUUGAAAUUUUUGGCAGAGGAAAUGCAAGCCAUAAGCAAAGGACUGGAAAAAGUUGUACAGGAACUGUCUGCCUCAGAAAGUGAUGGUCCUAUAUCAGAUAAUUUCUGUAAGGUUUUAAAGGAGUUCCUUCGUUUUGCUGAAGCUGAAGUGAGAUCCUUGGCUUCUUUGUACUCUGGAGUGGGUAGAAAUGUGGAUGCAUUGAUUCUUUAUUUUGGAGAAGAUCCAGCACGCUGUCCCUUUGAACAAGUUGUAUCAACACUGUUCAAUUUUGUGCGACUGUUCCACAAAGCCAAUGAGGAGAACUGCAAGCAGCUAGAAAUAGAAAUGAAGAAAUCAACAGAAAAUGACAACUCAAAACUGGGUGCUCAUAAGGAGUCCAAAAGCUUCUUACAAACUCGAAUCGAGAGUGGCAUUGUCAAAUGAGAUACUGUUCAAAGAUGAACUAAUUUUUUCUUCUCUAGGGAGAACUCUGGCAUAGUAGAGGCAUCUGAUACAGUUAAUUGAGCUGACAGAUAGGGAUCUUGUUGAUGUCAAUAUCAUGUAAAGUGACAAUGUGCUACAAACUCCGAGAUCGAGUUGUCUUUUUAAAGAUACAGAGGAGUCAGCAGAACCCUUUUCUUCUGGAAGGCAACUUGUAAAGUAUCCAUUAGCCAAAUUUGUUGUAGAUAUUCAAGUAAGGAGCUUGGAGACUUUCUCCCCUUACAAUUUUGGUUUUUACAGUCGGUUGAGUCUUUUGCCAGGAACGGGGAACCUGACAUCCUUUGCAUUCGAAGAUACUAGUGGCCGCACACUUGAAUAUAUAUGGUUGAAGUACAUAACAAUAUCAAUGGAAUGAGGAAUUUGCGAGUAAAUAAACUAUGAUACCUGUAAACCAAUGAUGGUGACAAACAUUUGACUCCACUAGUUUUCUUCUCCAUUGUUAACCUAUUAGGUCUUAUUGUAUUGGAGAAUAUUUGACAGUGGGUGUUCCAAUUUCUUUUUUAUUUUAACAGUGGCAUAUGACAAGAUAGAAUUUAAUUCUGAGCUCUGUUCUUAGUUUCUAAGUUUACGUGUUAUUGGAUAGCACCUAUUAACUUGGCUCUUGGCUCUUACAAGAGACUAAACCUUACCCCUUAUCUACAGCAUGUAUUCAACCA